UUUAUUGCUGAUUAUUGGCCGGGCGCUAGGACCCGGCGGAACUCGAUGGCCAGAGUUCUGUCAGUCAAAGUGGUCUGGGCUUUAUGCGUUGUAGCCUUUGGUGGUGAAAGAUACUCGGGUGGAGGGUAGAGUAACUCCAAACACCCACAGCAUUCACGGGGCAGUCAGUGAGAGUGGAGCUACCUAGGACAUGGGCUAUGGACUACAAGUAUAAAGGCCGACGAUACUGAGCAGCAGGAGUGAAGAGUUCUGACGGAAAUGGUUGAACUUACAGAAGAGGAUCUUGCCUUUUACCUCCAGAAUCAGGUGGACAUGCGUCGCCGAAAGGUUUCAAAGAUCGAGGAAGAAGUUUACAACAUCGUUCAGGAAUUGACUUUGGUGAUCAGUGGAGAGGACAGCCGUUUCCAGCCUAUUUCCCACUCGGGGAUUAAUAAUGACAACACCAAGGACCAGCUGGCUUUAGUUGCUAAAUGGUCAGCUAUUCUGUCAGGGAAACGAGUACAGAAUGCCUCCAUCCAGGUUCAAUCACCAUCUCAGCUCGUCAUCAUGGUCCCGGUGAGAGGUUUGGCAGCCUACAUGGAACGGAGGGUGCGGCAAUGGCGUUAUUAUACGCUGAGCGGCUCCAAGCUGAUCUUGCCGGUCCGAGAGCCCGAGAAGCUGCACCAGUGGCUGGAGGUGGAUCAGUUCCUGAAGAGUUCUCCAGAAUGGCAUCAACCAGAUGUCACUAUUGAAGGUGACAUUGUCCCCUCAAAAGUCAUUGGCAUCUUCAAAGCCUUGCUUGAGAACACAAUCCAGUCUUCGAAAUUUCAAGGAAAAGUCAAUGUCCUGGAGUGUGUCGGCCCCACCAUUCGACUUGCUGUGGAAACCACAGAACAACAUGUGGAAGCGGAGCUGGUACCAGCCAUUGAAAUCACCAACCACUGGCCGAAAAAGGCACGCUGGCCGCGAUUCUUCAAACGAUGGCCAUCAAAAGAAAAGGCUCGCACUGUUAAGUCUUUUGGAUUCAAUUUAUUGGCACGAUCAAACUACCACUGGCAGCUCUCGUUCACACGUGCGGAGCAGGAGCUAUUGGAAGAUAUGGAUGAAGAUGGUGGCUGCCGUCUAAAGUGUUUACAAGUCAUAAGAAAGCUGAAGGAAGACCACUGGUGUCCUGGAAAUAAACCAGUCAUCUCUUCCUAUCAUCUACAGACGCUACUAUUUUGGACCUGUGAGAAAUAUCCACGCCCUAAGGAUUGGAAAAGGUUCCAGAAAAGUUUUCUGCGGUUGGUGAAGAAACUUCAGAAAUGUGUGCUGCAAAGAUACCUCCGCCAUUACUUUGUAAAGAGCUACAACCUGCUUAAAUAUGCUAACACAAAUGAACUAGAUAUAACAUCUCAGAAAAUUAAUAACUUCUUAAUGAACCCCAGCGUGUUCGUCCAUUGAAUCCAAUAGCGUUUUGGAUAGCGUCAAACAAGUGAUAGGUUCCACUGCACUAACUGUUAAAAUGUUUUAAAACCCCAACGUUUUACCAAUCUUAUAAUUUCAUUAUUUUUAAUACUGGGACAAGCGUGCUAGUAGAUUUUAGCCAAAUACAAAGUUAUUGUACAAAUACUUGGGCAAAAUCUUUUCCUAUAUUUGAUGAAGAUCUGUACCUCCAUUAAUAUUUUAGAGAGAAGCUUAAAGGUUCCUGUUAUGUGUUUAUUCAUUUACAUUGCCGUUCACUUUGUUCUGUAAAGUGCCAAAAGAUUUAAACGUCUCUGCUUAUAAUGAUUCUUUGCUCUGAACUAUUGUUCUUUGAAGAAUAAUCAGUCAUUUCAGAUUACGAUUUUUAUAUUUGCUCUUACUGUGUGAUGCUCUUUAAAAAUAAAAGUAUUACUUGCAGCCAU